AUGAUAUAAUAUUUGAUUUCUUUAACUUUGGUUAAAGGUUUUUGUGAUUAUACCUGCCUAACUUGUUAAGAAGUAAAUACUUGUUUAACUUGUCCAUCCACAAGAAAUCUUAUUAACUAGGAAUGUUACUGUAAGGACUCAAUGAUAGAAUUACAAAGGAUUCAUUCCAAUUAAUGCUUCGAAUGUAAUAAAAGUUGUCGAACAUGCAAAUAUGAAUAAAGGAACUAUUGUCUUACAUGUUAUACUGAAAAUAAAAGGAAGCCUGAAAAUGGGGAAUGUGUUUGUGAAAUUGAUUAUUAACCUUUAAAAAAUUCUUAAAAAUGUGUGCCUAUUACCUAGAAUGCAGUGUUAACUGAAAUUUUAGAAAAAUCUUUUGAAAUUGAUGGACCUUUAAAAAAAUUAGGAACUGCUUUUAAAUAUGAUAAUACUAUACUCUAAAACUUUUAGGAUACAAUUAAUACAGUUAAGUAUUAAAAUGAAGAUAAUGUAAAAGAAUCAAUUUAAAUAAUAAAUCACAAUAAAGUUAUUAAAGAUAGUUAAGGGAGAGAUUUGAUACAAUUGCAGAGAGAAAAUGUUUUUGUUUUAGGGACUAUAAUUUCUUAAUAAUUUAUAAUGAUAUUUGAUUAUGGGUAAGAUAAUGUAAAAGUGCAUGAUAAAUAUUAGACUAUGAAAAUAUAUGGAGAAAAUAGUUAUGAUGUUUAAAUAUUUUAAUACUCGAAAUAAUAGACUUUAUUGGUUUAAAUUGGAAUAUAAAAGAAAUAAUUGAAUAGUUAGAUAUAAGAGUCAUUAGUAAUGUCAUUUUUAUUAAGUUAUAAGAUUGAUGGUUUUGUAGAUUUUUUAGAUUAUGGUUAAUUGGAGAAAUUGAUUGAUUUUGCAAUUCAAUUAAUAAGAUUUUGCAAUGAUCCAUUAUGUGAAAGUUGUAGUUUUUAUUAUAAUAAAGAGACAUGUGAAGUAUGUAAAGCAAACACAGAAUUAGAUUUAGUAACUAAAGUCUGUGUAUGUAGAGGAAUAAAAAGUCCAGGCGGAGAUUAAUGUUACAAAAAAUGUAAUAAUUCAGAAUGUGUUGGAUGUAUAGAGGGAGUUUGUAUUAAAUGUGAUUCUGAUUGUAGUACUAUUAUUGAGAAAUGUGAUGAUGGUUAUUAUGAAUAGGAUUAGAGAUGCUUUUAAUGUCCUAAUUAAUGUACAAUUUGUCAAAGUGAAACAUAAUGUACUAGUUGUAUUGAUAAUUAUUAUAAUGAUAAUGAGAAAUGUCAUUAAUGUGUUGAUCCUUGUAAAAAUUGUAAAAGUGUAAGUGACUGUUUAUCAUGUAUUGAUGGUUAUUUUAUAGAAGAAAAUAGAUGCUUAUUAUGUUCAGUAAUAAAUGAAUGUUUAAUUUGUGAAAAUUCAAGUCAAUGCAGGAUUUGUAAAAAAGGAUUUUAUUUAAAUGAAUAAUUAGGAUGUUCAAAAUGUAAAUAAGAAUGCCUAAGUUGUUCAUCUUAUAAUUUUUGUGAAUAAUGUAUAGAUGGAUAUUUUAACAAUUCAAUAGGAGAUUGUAGAUUAUGUAAUGGAAAUUGCUAAGUAUGUCCUAAUUCUAAUUAAUGUAAUGUAUGUAAAAUCGGUUAUUUUGUUUAAUAAAAGAUUUGUAAUAACUGUGAUACAAAUUGUACUACUUGUUCAGAAUCUAGUUCUGAAUGCUAUAGUUGUACAAAAGAUAAAUCGUUAAUAUAGAAUAAAUGCGUAUCUUGUUAACCUCCAUGUCUCACUUGUAUAAACACAAUAACAACAUGUUAAUCAUGUAUUAAUGAUAAUUAUUAUCUUGAAUCAAAUGCAUGCAUUCAAUGUAUAUCGCCAUGCUUAAGAUGUUCCUCUAAAUUAUUUUGUUUAUCUUGUUUGGAUGGUUAUAUUUUAGAUACAACAACAGGAUUAUGCAAAAAAUGUGAAAAAUAAUGUUCAUCAUGUUGUAUUGAGUGUUUAACUAAAUCUCUUCCAAAUGGUAAUUGUAUAUAUUGCUAAAGUUAAUGCAAUUAAUGUAUUACCAAUUCUUCUAAUUGUGAAACAUGUUUAAAUGGAUAUUUUAUGAAUGGAUUAAAUUGUCAAGUUUGCUCUUAAAACUGUUAAACUUGUUAUUAAAGUUCUACAAAUUGUCUUAGUUGUAAAUAAGGAUAUUAUUUAAAUGAAGGAAUCUGCAAUGAAUGUGAUUAAAAUUGCUAAGAAUGUAUUAGUUUAGAGAAAUGCACUAAAUGCAAAUAAAAUUAUAUAUUAAAUUAAGAAUAAAAAUGUUAAUUAAUAAGUUGUAAGGAUAGUUAAUGUAUUACCUGUUAUAAUGAAGAUUCAUGUGCAAAAUGUGGAAUUAGUAAAUAUUUAAGUAAUAAUAAAUGUUUACCAUGCUCUGAAUAUUGUAAAUCAUGUGAAAACAAGAGUGAUGAAUGUUUAUCAUGUUUUUAAAGAUAUUAUUUAGACUAAAAAUAAUGCUUAGAAUGUGAUGCUAAAUGUGCUACUUGUACAACAACAUCAUAUAAUUGUAAUGAAUGUGCAUUAUAUUAUUUUGAAAAAGAUGGAGAUUGUAUCAAAUGUAGCAUAUUUUGUCGGACUUGUAAAGAGAAUCAUGAAAAUUGCACAUCUUGUUUUAAUAGUUCUUAUUUAGAGAAUAAUAAAUGUAUCAAUUGUUCAGAUAAAAUUUAAUCUUGUAUUUAAUGUAAUAAUUCAUCUACUUGUCUUAAAUGUUAAGAUGAAUAUUAUUUAGAGAAUGCAAAAUGUUAUGAUUGUCCUUUUUCAUGUAGUAAAUGCAUUUCUUAUAAUAAUUGUACAGAGUGCAAGACAAAUGCAUAUAGUCCUUCUUAAGGUAAAUGUGUUAAGUGUCCUGAAAAAUGUAAAGGUUCUUGUUAAAUGAUUAGUACUACUUAAAUAAUAUGUAAAAAUGGUUGUUCAGAUGGUUAUUAUUAAAAAGAUGGAGACUGUCUUAAAUGUUCAUCACCUUGUAGAACUUGUAAAGAUAAUGCAACAAAUUGUCUUUCUUGUAUAACUGGUCAUUAUUAUGAAUUAGUAUUUAAUGAUAGUUGUCAUAAAUGUAGUUCAGUUACAUAUGAUAAUUGUGGUAAUUGCGAAACACCUGAUCAUUCAUGUGCUAAAUGUUUAGUUGGUUAUAUCUUAACUCCAACUGCUAAAACAUGUUUAAUUUGUAAUGAUAAAUGUUCAUGUCCUCAAUCUUAAUAUUAUGAUUGGGAUUUAUACACAUGUCAACCUUGCAAUUAAAAUUGUUUAUCAUGUAUUUAUUCACCAUCAAAUUGUACUUAAUGUACAAGUUCAUAAUUCCUAGAUUAAGAUAGAUAAAAAUGUUUAGAAUGUAAGCCCCCUUGUAAAUCAUGCUCAGCUAUUGAUUUAUGUACUACUUGUAUUGAUGGAUAUGUCUAAAAUAAUGGAAUCUGUUAAACAUGUCAUUUUGAUAACUGUCUAGAAUGCUCUAAUAAUAAAUGUACAUAAUGUUAAACUGGAUAUUUCAAGACUUAAGAUUUCUAAUGUGAAAAAUGUUCAUCUAAUUGUUUAUAAUGCGAUUCUAAACAAUCCUGUCAAUAAUGUAAUACAAACAAUAAUUAAAUUUAUCUAUAUAAUGGAAUUUGUAAAUCAUGCACUCCUCCUUGCUUAUAAUGCAAUCAAUCCGAAUGUUCAUAAUGUCCUAUUGCUUAUUAUAUUUCUUCUCAGAAUUGUCAACCUUGUCUAAGUAAUUGCUAAAUAUGUAAAUCAGAAAUUGGUUGUACUCUUUGCUUAGAUUCUUAUUACUUUGAUGGAAUCAAUUGUAAUUCUUGUUCUAAUAAAUUUGAAAAUUGUAAGACCUGCACUGAAACUUAAUGUCUUAAUUGCUAAAAUACAUUCUAUCUAAAUACAGAUUAUCUAUGUUAAAAAUGUUUAAACCCAUAUUGUUAAUCAAAUUGUACUUAAGAAUAAUGUCAAGAUUGUGGAGAAGGAUGUAUUAAAUGCAAUCUUGAUAAAAUUUGCUAUUCAUGUCUCACUAAUUAUUAUCUUGAAUAAGGUUCAUGCAAAUCAUGCCAUUAAUUUUGCUUAAAAUGUAAUUAUUAAGAAUGUUUAUAAUGCUAAACAGGAUACUAUUCUGAAGGUAAGGAUUGCAAAAAAUGCAUAUCUGAUUGUUAAAUCUGCGAUAAAUUAAACUGUUAUUAAUGUCCAGAUAAAUAUUAUAUUAAAAAUCAAGAAUGCAAAAAGUGUUAACCAAAUUGUUUAAGUUGUACUGAAAAUAAGUGUGAACUUUGUGAAAAUGAUUAAUUUUACCCCCAUGAAAAUCUUUGUGUAAAAUGUUAAGGCUAAUGCUUAACUUGUAUCAAUAAAGAUUAAUGCACAAAAUGUCAAUAAGAUUAUUAUUAUCUUGAUAACUCAGAAUGUAAAAAAUGUUAAGAUGGAUGCAAAAAUUGCAACAAAGAUUAAUGCAAUUUAUGUGAAGAAUAAGGAUAUUAUCUAGAUGAAACUGGUUAAUGUUUUAAAUGCAAAUAAGAAUAAUGUUUAAAUUGUUUAAAAGACAAAUGUACUAAAUGCCAAUAAAAUGAGUACUUUUUAUCCAAAGAUAUUUGUUAACCUUGUCCAUCAAAUUGCUUAACAUGUAUAAAUGAAAAUUAAUGCUCUGAAUGCAAACACGGAUUCAUUCUUAAAAAUUAACUAUGUUAAAAAGAGUGUGCUAUUAAUGAAUAUUUAGAUCAAGAUACUUGCCAUCAAUGUUCAGAUGGUUGUGAAUAAUGUGAAAGCAAAGAAAUUUGCAUAAUAUGUUCUUCACCUUUAUUUUUACAUGAUUAAACGCGUACCUGUCAACCACAGGCCGACUCAACAACUAUAAAUGUAGAACUAAUAGUAUUUGUUACAAUUGCAAUAAUCCUCCAUAGUGUCAUCAUCCAUGGGCUUAUUUAACUUUUUAAUUGUAUCUUUGCACCUUUUAUAUGGUUUUUUAAUUGA